AUCAGCCCCCAACUGUCUCCACCAAGUUCACCCUGUCACUGCUGGAACUGGUGGACAAGAUGGAGAGGUGCAACCCAUCGUUCAUACGCUGCAUUAAGCCAAACAGUCAGAAGGAGCCAGGUGUGUUUGAGACGGAGCUGGUCACCAGCCAGCUGAGGUAUUCUGGUAUCUUGGAGACAAUCAGGAUCCGGAGAGAAGGUUACCCUGUUAGACUGGCCUUCAACGACUUCCUGUUCAGGUAUAAGUCUCUGGUGGGUUUGAAGCAGCCUCCAGCUCCUGAUGGGGAGAACUGCAUCUUCAUGCUCUGCAAACUGGUUCCCCUCCGACCCGGGGCCUACCAAGUAGGAGUUACCAAGCUGUUUCUGAAGGAGGAGGUGUACCAGUUGCUGGAGUCUAAGAGAGAGCGUGUCCGUCAGGUGGCGGCCCUCACCCUGCAGAGAUACACGCGCAUGUUCUUCGUCAGGAAACGGUACACGGAGUUCAGGACCAAGAUCGUCAGACUACAGGCCUACUGUAGAGGCUUCCUCACCAGGAAGCGCUAUUUGAAGAUGAGGAAGAGUCUGGUGAAGUUCCGUUCUCUCGUCCACAUGUACGUCACCCGCAAGAGAUACAUCAAGAUGAAGCUGGAGGCCCGCAGGAAAGCAGAGGAGGAGAGGAGGAGGAGAGAGGAGGAGCUGUUGAAGAGAGAGGUGGUUAAUGUCUCUCACCUGGUGAUCCCUGCUGAGCUCGGCUCUUUACUGCAGGCUGCAGCAGGUGGCAGACAGCUCCAUGCUGAGAGUCUAGCUCUGGUCCAGGCACCACACAUCCCUGAGGAGAACCAGCUGACUCUGCCGCUGGACAUCAACAACAACCCCUUCAGCCGCUACGUACAGCUGCACUUCAGGGAGCCUAUGUUUGGGAUGCUAACGGUUCCCUUGGAGACGACCCUGACGUGUAUGGACGAGGACCUCCGACAGGAAGCUCUGGAGGUGUUCGUUAUGAUCCUGAGGUUCAUGGGCGACCCCCACCUGAACGGGGCUCAGGAGAACCUGUUUGGGAACUACAUAAUCCAGAGAGGACUGGCCAAUCAGGGCCUGCGAGACGAGAUCCUGGCUCAGCUGGCCAAUCAGGUGUGGCGGAACCCAAACCAUGACAACCACCGGCUGAUCCAGGCCAAUCAGAAGUCCCGGCUGUUAUCAGGAUCCGCCCCUGAGACAGCACGCACCUAUCCGCUGGCUCUGUUGGAGUGGACAGCCAAUAGGAAGAGGGCUAACAUGGUGCUGCAGGUGACCUGCUUCGACGACUUGGAGCUGCUGUCCGACUUCCCCAAACAGAAGAGUUACUACAUCAUCUCAGCUGAGGAUCCGAAUAGAGUUCGACCCAACGCCAGGCUUGAUGACGAGCCGCCCUUCAUCAGCACCACCCAACCUGCGUACAGCCGACCAGACUCUGACGGAUACUCCAGCCACGUGGAGUCUGAUGUGAUCGGCGACGGUCCGACUCAGAGAGGAGUGGAUCGCUACCUGGACAGCCUCUUCGCCCCUGUGUUGUCAGACGGCAGCACG